UGUACUUUUACAAACCCUCUACGUUUGCGAGUGUUACUGUCUCUCAAACAUGUCGAAACGCCGACGCAGCCACAGCCCUCCCGUUUCCCGCUGCGAGGAAGGUUCUACUCCCGCAGCGAAAAGGCACAUGGCCCGACUGGCGGACAGGCCUCAACAGCGCCGCCUCCUGUCCCGGCUGGCCCCUUCUGGAGGCCUGAAGAUCUUUCAGGCCAGAUAUGAACAGGGCCAUCUGCUGGGGAGCGGAGGCUGCGGCUCGGUCUACGCCGGCGUGCGAAAGUCCGAUGGUCUGCCGGUGGCCAUCAAGUACGUCCCAAAGAAAACUGUGGACUACUACCCCCUGGUGAGCUGCGGGAGGAUGUACCACAUCCCAAAGGAGGUGUACAUCAUGUACAGAGCGACGGCCGGCGCUGACAGGGUUGGUCAGUGCGCCGCCGUCUCCCUCCUGGACUGGUUCAUCCUGGGUACGGACAUAAUCAUCGUCAUGGAGAGACCCAACCCCUGUACGGACCUCAUGUCCUACAGCCUCCUCCAUGACCCUCUACCAGAAAACACGGUGAGGGACAUCAUGAACCAGCUGGUCCUGGCUGUGAAGGAUCUACAGCAGAAAAGGGUUUUCCAUCGGGAUCUAAAAUUGGAAAACAUCCUGAUCCAGGAGACCGAGGGCGGCGUCAGAGUCCGGAUAAUUGACUUUGGGUGUGGCUGUACAGUCAUGGUCCCGCCAUACACCUCCUACUCCGGGACUCCGAAGUUCUGCCCCCCGGAGUUCUUCCUGAAUCGGAGAUACAGAGAUGGACCGACUUCUGUGUGGCAGCUCGGAACCAUCGCUUUUGAACUGCUGAACGGAGACGGGAGCGACUUUAAUAUUUUUGAGUGGUUCGGCGGGAAACUAUCAAUGAAAACAAUCAGUGCGUCCCAAGAAGGCAAAGAUUUCAUCCAGGUUUGUCUGGAAGCCGAUCCAUCCAGAAGGAUAAGCCUGGAGGAGCUGGAGGAACACAUGUGGUUUCACUGCAGCCCCCUGAGCUAA